AUGCAGCUGCUGUUGGCGAUCCUCUGCCUGGGCGGUGCCGUCGCUUCUUCCAUCCCCGCCAAUUCUCACAAGCUCCGACUCCCUUUCGUUCCUUCUUCCAAUGACCUCGAAAAUGGCGUCAGAUCAAGACUCUCUAUGAAUCUAUCCAUUCAGAAUGGAAGCCUAUACGCCAAUGAACACCAGCUCUAUCCUCCAUCAGAGAUAAUGCAGCUCCAUGUGCCCCUCUAUGAAAGCGCAAACCAAAUCCACCCCAGUGACAAGACCGUGGAAUUAUCCUACACGCUCGAGACCCAACCACUCCCCACAGACGAAAUGGAAUCCACGGCGGAUAUGAUCCGCGUUCGAGUCGAGUUGUUCGAUCUGCAGGGCAAUCUCGUGUCACCGGACGCAGUAGCCGUCGACCUUCUCGUCUUCCAGAAUGGAAAGUACGAGAUGACCCGCAUCCGUGUCGAACCAGCCCGUGGAAGUGACCAGGACGGCCAUUCAUAUCAGAAGAGCCAGUCGUGGGUGAUGAAUUACUGGAGAACACAAUUCGGUUCUAUUUUCGACAAGCCCAAGCGCAAGACCAUGGCGCCAACCCGCAAUUCAGCCCCGGUUACAAAGUCUUCCGCUCAAAACAGUGCGAUCAAGAUCAUCAGCAGUAAAGCCACAACCGACUCUGGAUCUAAGACUCAUUUCUUUUCCUUCUGGGCCACCCCGGCUGACCUCCACCACCACACUGAACACCGUCGUCCUCACCACAACCCCCAUCACAAGAACUCCUUUAUGCGCAUCAUCCGCCCCAUCAUUCUUCCUGCUUUGCUAGGUAUUGCCGCCGGUCUGGUGGCUUGCUUGGUCGGGUUUAUCAUCGGGCGGCUGCUCAUGUCCUUGGGGUUGUGUCUUGGAUGGCCAAAGAUACUAGGCGACAGAUCACGGAUUAUCUCAGAGGAAGAAGGCAUGGUUUCUGAAAAGGCUCUCGUGAUGCCGCAUGUCUAUGUGACAGACGCUGUCGAGUCAAAUGUAUGA